AUAAUGUGGUGAUCAAGCCUGUCCCAUUUAUACAUCAUAUAUCCUUAACAUCUAAAACCGUUUUUGCCCCUAAAAAACCAUCAACUAGAAGCCUACCGUUUCUGCUUCCAAAAAACUUGGUUCUCUUAUACAUUUGGCGCCUAUAUAUACCCCAUCCCUAUCUUGUGCUACUUCAUCAAACAAAUCUUACAAACAUUUUCAAUUAAGACUUAAAAAGUUUCAAUUUCAAGAUACAAUGAGUUCGACAUCAAGGGCAUGGUUGGUGGCCGGUACCGUUGGAUUGGUGGAGGCACUAAAAGAUCAAGGGUUCGCACGGUGGAACUACACCAUCAGAGCCAUCCACCACCACGCUAAGUCCAAUCUCCGUUCAGUCACCCAAACAAAGAAGUUGUCUUCUCCGGCUGCCUUGGCUUCAAGCAAAGCCAUUGACCAAUCAGAAGAGUCUUUGAGAAAAGUUAUGUACUUGAGUUGUUGGGGUCCCAAUUGAGGGAUCAGUUUCUUUUGUUUUUAGGUUAGGCAUAUAUGGUACAUGUAAUUAUGCAUGAUGUACUACCUUCUUAUUAAUCAAAUACAAUUUUGAUUAUCAUCAGAAA